AUGGAUCUCUUGAUCUUCUUUUUCUUGGUGACUGUUCCAAGAUCAGGUGUCCUCUCAGAAGUGGUUCUGACCCAGUCGGAGGCAGUACUGAAAAAACCUGGAGAAUCCCAUGAAUUAACCUGUGCCGUCACUGGGCUUACUCUGAGUAGUGCCUGGAUGAACUGGAUCAGACAGAAACCUGGUUCCAACAUCAUGUAUCCUGUUAUUACAAUUAUGAAUUCCUUGUUGUCCAUCUUGUUUUGCCUGGUGGCCAUGCCAAAAUGGACUGUUGCUGAUAUUCAACUCGUUUCAUCUGGGCCAGGAACACUGAGACCUGGAGAAACUCUGAGAAUGGCCUGCAAAGUGACAGGUGUCUCCAUCUCUGACUCGGGUAGUAUUUGGAACUGGGUCCGCCAGCCUCCUGGGAAAGGCCUAGAAUGGAUUGCAAGAAUAUAUCCCAAAGAUGGGAGAAAAUGGUAUUCAUCUUCUCUACAGAGCCGCACAACCAUUUCUUCAGAGAACUCCAAGAACGAGUUCUCUCUCCAGCUGAAUACACUGACAGCUGAUGAUUCGGCUAUGUAUUAUUGUGCCCGAGAAAGCACAGUGAGUCAAGGUGUCCUCUCACAGGUGGUUCUGACCCAGUCAGAGGCCGCAAUGAAAAAACCUGGAGAAUCCCAUACACUGACUUGUACCAUAGCUGGGUUUGAUCUCAGCAGCACCUGGAUGAACCGGAUGAGCCAAAAAACUAGAAAAGGACUGGAAUGGCUUCUGCACUAUUAA